CGUACACAGGCGAAUGAGGAAGGCGCUGUGCCUAAUCUGCCAGGCACGUUGAGUUCAGGUGAGCGUCUGCUCGAGGUCAAAGUACCCCAAACAUGGCCACAGAUUAGGAACCACAGAGACCAAGUAGCUGAAGUUAUAGAAACUAAACCACCCAGGGGAGCAUCAACAUGGCUCUGAGAGGAAUCCGAGUCCUGGAGAUGGCGGGGCUGGCACCAGCCCCCUUCUGUGGAAUGGUGCUGUCUGACUUUGGAGCUAACAUCAUCAGAAUUGACAGGACAAAGAACCCUGUUGACUCCGACCGCUUAGCUCGCGGAAAGAAGUCAGUAGCUGUUGACUUGAAGCAACAGAAGGGAAUUGAAGUGGUCAAAAAACUCUGCUCAAGAGCUGAUGUGCUUAUUGAACCAUUCCGGCCAGGUGUGAUGGAGAAGCUGGGUCUCGGCCCAGAGGUGCUGCUGGUCAACAACCCAGGCCUAGUGUACGCCAGGAUGACCGGCUACGGACAGAAGGGGAGUCUCUCCCACAGAGCUGGACAUGACAUCAACUACAUCGCGACAUCAGGUGUUCUCUCUGCACUGGGCCGUAAGCAUGAGAAUCCCUGUGCCCCCGUCAAUCUGGUGGGGGACUUUGCUGGGGGUGGUCUCAUGUGUGCCCUGGGGGUGGUGCUGGCACUGUUUGAGAGGACCCGGUCUGGGAGGGGCCAGGUGGUAGAUGCUAACAUGGUGCAGGGCUCAGCUUAUGUCGCAAACUUCCUUUGGGCUUCGAAAGACUCUUUCAUCUGGGGAGGGGCGCGAGGAGAAAACCUUCUCGACACAGGGGUUCCAUUUUAUGAGACGUACAAGACCGCUGAUGGAAAGUUCAUGUCUGUUGGUGCCUUGGAGCCCCAGUUUUAUGCUGCACUGCUCAAAGGCCUUCAACUUGAUCCAGACAAAGUGCCACAGUUUGGUGAUAGCAACAAAACGAAAACGUUAUUCACUGAUAUCUUCCUGUCUAAGACUCGCGAUGAGUGGACUGAGGUGUUCCGAGAUUUAGAUGCAUGUGUGGAACCGAUCCUGGAGAUGGACGAAGCACCUGUUCACCCUCAUAAUCAAACUAAUAAUACAUUCCUGAAGAACUCCCGCGGUGUGUAUGAGGCUGGACCUGCACCUGCUCUGUCUCGAACACCAGGUGUCAGCACUUUGGAGCCACAGCCUGUGAUUGGUCAACACACACUGGAGGUGUUGCAGGAAGCUGGGUACAGCCAGGCGGACAUCAGGAGUCUGAUUGAUGCAGGAGCCGUUCAACAGGCCAGCGCCAACUCCAAGUUGUGAAAGGCAUGAAAUGUCAUGCAAUUACUCCACUGCUGACCAGUUGGAAAUUGAACCAAGUCAGCAAUGAAAGAUUCUAUAAUUUCAAUGUGCAAGUCAGUUUGUAUUGAUGCCGAGCAGAUACUAGUUUCUCAUCAAAAUCAAUCCACCAGUAGUCAUUUUCCUGUUGAUAUUGAAAAAUAUCUGAUCUUUGUUUUCAUGUUAUUGAAUUAGUCAGCUGGGUUUGUACUACUAAAAAUAAUAAUAAUGUGCAUAUUUAUAAUGGACCACGUCCACACCCUAAAGCAGGCUGAAAGUGCAACAUUAUUACCCGGUCAGAGGAUCAGUGUGCACUAGAGUUUCUUUCUCAGCUCCAGGGGAGUAAACAGCUUUGGUGCAUUCUUGCAGCACUUAUUCUCAGUAUGAACAUCACACAAUGGCUUAGCAAGAUGAUUGAGGAGGCGAUUUUCAUCUUAGAAACACCCAAGUGAUCCUAUCAAGCAUGUCUUCCUAUUGCAGUGCCUUGUAGCAGGAGCUGUCCUGUGUCACGUCGCCAUCACAAACUCAGAAUAUUCAAUACGAAAAUAAACAUGUAUGAUUCUCUGCCA